AUGUCUGUCACAAUCCAAGAAAGUCCAGCAUUUCACAGGUUCGCUACGAGAACGCACACGCAUAUUUCAAAAAUAUCAGAACAAGCUUCUCCAUAUAUUGAUGAAAGUGCAAGACGUACAGAAAUAUUUAUGAAAAGCUUUAAGGAAAAUUUAAAACGUGAAGCUGAAAAGGCUAAUUGGCCAAAAGUCUAA